CGAGCGGGGCUGCAGUGGGGGACAUCGCGCCUGCGCACCAUGCCACGCCCGAAGCGGGUACUGAGUGGGGGCGCCGCGCCUGCGCAAAGCGGACCCGCGGACGGUGGCGUUAGGGGAACGCUGAGGUCCCGCGCUCCCCCACCGAGGUAUAUCUCCAUGAAUAACCUAAAUGAUCCCCCAAACUGGAAUAUCCGGCCUAAUUCCAGGGCGGAUGGUGGUGAUGGAAGCAGGUGGAAUUAUGCCCUGUUGGUUCCAAUGCUGGGAUUGGCUGCUUUUCGUUGGAUUUGGUCUAGGGAGUCCCAGAAAGAAGUAGAAAAAGAGAGAGAAGCCUACCGUCGGAGAACUGCUGCUUUUCAACAGGAUCUGGAAGCCAAGUACCACGCCAUGAUCUCAGAAAAUCGGCGUGCUGUCGCUCAGUUGUCCUUGGAACUCGAAAAGGAACAAAACAGAACUGCUAGUUACCGAGAAGCCCUUAUCUCUCAGGGACGCAAGUUGGUAGAAGAAAAGAAGCUUCUGGAACAGGAACGGGCCCAGGUGAUGCAAGAAAAAAGACAGGUGCAGCCUUUGAGAAGUGCAUAUUUGAGCUGCCUGCAAAGGGAAGAAAACUGGCAAAGGAGAGCCAGGCUUUUGCUGAAAGAAUUUGAAGCUGUUCUCACAGAAAGACAGAAUAUCUACUGCAGUCUGUUUCUUCCUCGCAGCAAGCGGCUGGAGAUGGAGAAGAGCUUACUGGUGCGAGCGUCCGUCGACCCCGUCGCCGCUGACCUAGAGAUGGCAGCCGGUCUCACCGACAUAUUUCAGCAUGAUACAUACUGUGGUGAUGUCUGGAACACGAACAAACGCCAGAAUGGCAGACUCAUGUGGCUCUAUCUCAAAUACUGGGAACUCGUUGUCGAACUGAAGAAGUUUAAGAGAGUAGAGGAAGCCAUCCUAGAAAAGUAAGACAAGAGUGAAAUCAAACUGCUUUUAGUGACUCGAGGCCAGGCAGUCAUGCGCCUUCUGGGUCUCCGGCGUCUUCCGUUCCCGUGCUGCCCGUGUCAUGGCCACACCGUCACCCUUCAGCAGCGACCUCCACUCCCGCCACCCUCUGAGCAGAAGUGCACCGAAGCCUCAGAGACAGAGGGUCUCCUCCCGAUGCUCUGCCGCUGUUGGGGAUAUGGUUUCUUGAAGCAUUUUUAGGCUGCCAGUAUUGUAUUAAGCAGAACAGUGUAACCUCGUAUUUUAGCUCCAGGGUAAAAAUGGUUUUUUAAAAAGUCAAAUACAAUACUGGUCCUUACCACAAGUAA